UUUUUAUUCCCAUCCAUCCUUUCCUCUCUUCUCAUCCCAACAAAUACCUGGGGUAGAGAAGGAACCAAGGAAAGGGAGGGGGGAGAGUAUUAAUUAAGGAGGCAAAAUCCAAUCCCCCACCCCCUCGCCCUCUAUGCCAAGGAGACCUUGUCCUCUCUCUACGUCUUUCUAGCUCCUUUCUGAUGGCCCAAGUGGACCAAAAUUUAUUUGAGGGGGGGAGAAACAAAACAAAAGGGGAGGUGGGGAGAAAGAGAGAGAGAGAAUAGGGGAAGGAAAGGAUGGGUGUCUUCGAGGGUGUAUCUUCCAACCAAGCCCCCCUACAUCCCUCCCUUCCUCCAGAAAACAAGAAGAGAGAGAGAGGCCCCCAGGCAAUGCCAGAAAUACCCCUCUGCAAGGCCAGAAAAUCUACACCUCCAUCAAAGCGAAAAAAAGAACUCUCCUUUGCUCUCCAAUUCCCGAUUUAUAUGGGCCUCUCUCGGGUUUUAUCUUGGUCAGACCUACAGAGAGGGAGAGAAAGAGAAAACAAGGGGAAGGAACCUUUCCUGUCUCUCUCUCUUUCUAUCUAUCUUUCUCCACCUACCUUUAUUUCUCCAUUAUCUCUUUACCUCUCUAUCUCUCUCCAUCUAUAUCUUUAUGACCUCUUAUUGGCCUUUUCUUCUCCAUCGCCUCUUAUGAUAUAGUCUUCUUCUCCUCCUCCUUUUCUUUUGCUUUUUCUUUCUUAGUCUGUUUGGGUUCCGGGGAGAAGGGGCCGGGUUGAGGAGAAGAUAAUGAAGAAGGUGAGAAGGGUUCGUCCCAUGGAGUCGUCUCCAUCGUCUUCGUCGUACAUGACCGCUGGGGAGGAGGCCAGGGCGCGGUUCAAGUACCAGGGGCUCUUGCAGGACUAUGAGGAGUUGAUAAAGGAAACUGAAGCAAAGAAUAAGAAAUUUCAGCAGACAAAGCAGAAGAAACUCAAGCUCUUGGCUGAAGUCAAAUUCUUGCGGAGCAAAUACAAGACUUUAUUAGAAACCCCAUCUCAGGCCGCCCCAUGUAGACUCAAGAAACAAACCCGCAAAAUGCAAGCAUCUGUUGGAAUCUCUCAACCACCAAAUGCGGUUGUUCGAAGUGAAGUACCUACGAAACAUAGGAAUCAAAGAAUAAUGGAAGGUGCAGCUCCAAGCACUUCUGCUGUGAUUGAUUUGAAUCAAAUCUCUUUACCGAAUGGUGAAGAAAUGGAGGAGUUUCAUGUGAGGUUGGAGCCCCUGAAAAUGGAGAAACUGAAAUGGUGUUCAAUAGAUGGUGAUGGAGGGGAAAAUGAUCUCAAGUUAUCAAUUUGUGGAGGUGUCGAGAACAAUUCAAACAGGGUGGGCAAGAGGAAAAUUUCAUGGCAAGAUCGGGUAGCUCUUAGGGUUUGAGAUUUUCUGCUACAUCAUGGGUGAUGAAGGAAGUUCUUGUGCCGUUCCCAUCUUUCCUCUCUUAAGGAAUACCUUUUUCUAUCAAAUUGUAUUGGUCUGUAAAGGAACAACUUAAAGGGAUACUUGUAUUCCCAUUAUACAUGAAACUUAAUAGAGUUGUAGAAAUGCUAGCGUCCUUUUAUUGACAAAUACAUCUUCCUUGUAUGGUUUUGCAGAAUUGAUUUAUUCGUUACCAUCUUACAUGGUUAAAAGCAGGAGAAUUUGGCAGUUAUCUGUUUGAUUAA